UUUAGGUGUACCGCUGCUGCCUCCAGGAAGCCGAGACGAGCAUCCUUCUGCACUCUCCGUUCAGGACCAGGGACACAGUUGCUCUGCGCAUGCGCGGAGUGGAAAGCGUGGAGGGCCAUUGCCUGCUUUCCUCUCUUUUUUUUUUUUUACUUUUUCUCCCCACCGCGCUGCUUGUGUCCCUCCCCUCCCUCCCCCUCGCAUCCGCAGCAGGGACUGGCCAAUAAAAGAGCGAAAACACGUAAGCAUCGACGCGGGCUCGGCGCAGGCGGAGGAUGCUCAGUGUGGAGCGGCAAUCAUCUCUCAGCACCACUCGCACUGCUCACUUCUUCCCAAGCCGCCGAGCGCAACCGGGGCCUCUGCACCGACCCGACCCCCGGCUCCCAUUCACACUGCGGCCGCACUCGAGGUGAGGAGGGAGGGGUGACCUAAUUCGGAAGGUCAGGCUCCUAAGUAGGAAGGUCAUCGCCUCAAGAGCAAAAUGUUGGAUCCGUCGUCCAGCGAGGAGGAGUCUGACGGGAUAGUGGAGGAGGAGUGCAAGGAAGUGAUGGCACCCCAGGCCGGAUCCCGCAUCUCCCCGAGCAGGACCAGCGAGGGCUCCGGCGGGCUGGCGCCCAGCAGCGGCCGCAGCAGCGCCCGGCCGACCAGCCCGAGCCCGUCGGCUGCCAGCGAGGAGAAGGACGACCUGGAGAAGCUGCAGCGGGAGGAAGAGGAGCGCAAGAAGAAGCUGCAGCUCUAUGUGUUUGUCAUGCGAUGCGUCGCCUAUCCGUUUAACGCCAAGCAGCCCACAGACAUGGCGAGGCGACAACAGAAGAUAACCAAGCAGCAGCUUCAGCAGACCAAGGAUCGCUUCCAGGCCUUCCUGAACGGAGACACACAAAUUGUGGCUGAUGAAGCCUUCAUCAACGCUGUGCAGAGCUACCAUGAGGUGUUCUUAAAGAGCGACCGUGUGGCUAAAAUGGUCCAGAGCGGUGGCUUCUCGGCGAGCGACUUCAGGGAUGUGUUCAAGAGGCACAUUGAGAAGCGCGUGCGCAGCCUCCCGGAGAUCGACGGGCUGAGCAAGGAGACGGUUCUGAGCUCCUGGAUGGCCAAGUUUGACACCAUCUACCGUGGGGACGAGGAUCCGCGCAAGGCGCAGCAACGCAUGACGGCCAGCGCCGCUUCCGAGCUCAUCUUGAGCAAGGACCAGCUGUACGAGAUGUUCCAGAAUAUCCUGGGUAUCAAAAAGUUUGAGCACCAACUGCUUUACCAAGCAUGUCAGCUGGACAACUUGGACGAGCAGGCUGCACAGAUCAGAAGAGAGCUGGAUGGUCGUCUUCAGAUGGCCGACCAGAUUGCACGGGGUGGGAGGUUCCCCAAGUUUGUGUCGAAAGACAUGGAAGCCAUGUACAUUGAAGAGCUCAAGUCUUCAGUGAACCAGCUGAUGGCCAAUCUGGAGAGCAUGCCUGUGUCCAAAGGUGGAGAUUUCAAGCUCCAGAAGCUGAAGAGAGGACACAACACCUCCAUCAUCGACAUGGGCCAGGAGGAUGAAAACACGCUGUCCAAGUCUGAUGUGGUCCUUUCCUUCACUUUGGAGGUGGUGAUCAUGGAGGUUCAGGGCCUGAAGUCUCUGGCACCCAACAGGAUUGUCUACUGCACCAUGGAGGUGGAGGGAGGAGAGAAGCUCCAGACUGACCAAGCGGAAGCCUCCAAGCCAACCUGGGGGACCCAGGGCGACUUCACCACCACACACCCUCUGCCUGCUGUCAAGGUGAAACUGUUCACCGAGAGCACCGGAGUUCUGGCACUGGAGGACAAAGAGCUGGGCAGGGUUGUUCUACACCCGACUCCGAACAGCCCAAAGCAGUCUGAGCUCCAUAAGAUGACAUUGACCAAGGCUUGCCCUGACCAAGACCUCAGGAUCAAACUUGCCAUUCGCAUGGACAAACCCCAAAAUAUGAAACACUGCGGGUAUAUGUGGGCUUUUGGGAAGAAUGUCUGGAAGCGCUGGAAGAAGCGUUUCUUUGUUCUUGUGCAGGUGAGUCAGUACACAUUCGCCAUGUGCAGCUACAGAGAGAAGAAGUCAGAACCACAAGAGCUUCUCCAGCUGGACGGCUACACUGUGGACUACAGUGACCCGCAGCCAGGCUUGGAUGGCGGAAGGGCUUUCUUCAACGCAGUGAAGGAAGGGGACACUGUGAUUUUCGCCAGCGAUGACGAGCAAGACCGCAUCCUCUGGGUCCAGGCCAUGUAUCGUGCCACCGGCCAGUCCCACAAGCCUGUCCCACCCACUCAGGUCCAGAAACUUAACUCUAAAGGCGGUGCCUCGGCCCAAAUGGACGCUCCCAUCUCUCAGUUCUAUGCUGACAGAGCUCAGAAACACGGCAUGGAUGAGUUUAUCUCGGCUAACCCCUGUAGCUUUGACCACGCCUCGCUUUUUGAGAUGGUGCAGCGGCUCACUUUGGACCACAGGCUCAACGACACCUUCUGCUGUUUGGGAUGGUUCAGCCCGGGCCAGGUGUUCGUCUUGGACGAAUACUGUGCCAGGAACGGCGUCCGAGGUUGCCACAGGCAUCUGUGUUACUUGCGCGAUCUGCUGGAGAGGGCGAAGGGUGGCGCCAUUAUCGACCCCACUCUUCUGCACUACAGCUUUGCGUUUUGUGCCUCCCACGUGCACGGGAACAGAGAGGGCCGCAGUUACUGGGGGCCGAUGGGCUACGAGGCCCUAAUGAGCCCAAAGAGCGCCCAAAUGCCAAAUCCUGACACUGGCUCUAAACGAGCGCACCUCAUAUUCAAGUUUAGAAAGAGAAAGGAUUCCAAAGUCUCUCAAGAGCACAACAGGCCAGACGGGCUGAGCACCGUUAAAGUGGACGAGAAGGAGCGAUUUGAAGACAUCAAAGAGCGGUUGCGUGUGAUAUUGGAAAACCAGAUUGUAAAUUUCAGAUAUUGUUUCCCCUUUGGCCGUCCAGAAGGUGCACUGAAGGCCACUUUAUCUUUGCUGGAGAGGGUCCUGAUGAAGGACAUUGUGACACCUGUCCCUCCAGAAGAAGUUAAAGGAGUUAUCCGCAGAUGUUUGGAGCAGGCUGCUAACCUCAACUACCAACGGAUUAAAGACUAUGCUAAAAUUGAAGUUGAGAAAGGUCAAAAGGAUCAGAAGGAUCCAGAGAAUGUAGGCCGCUUAGUCACACCUGCCAAAAGGCUGGAGGAAACCAUUCGCCUGGCGGAGUUAGUCAUUGAGGUCCUUCAACAGAACCAAGAGCACCACGCUGAGGCGGCAGUCACAAGUUCUGCAGAUCAAUCGGCGUUCGCAUGGUGGACUGACCUCAUGGUGGAGCAUGCCGAAAACUUCCUUGCCCUCUACGCCAUCGACAUGGACGCCGCUCUGGAGAUCCAGUCGCCCGAGAGCUGGGACAGUUUCCCGCUCUUCCAGCUUCUCAACGAUUUCCUCCGGACAGACUAUCAUCUGUGCAAUGGAAAAUUCCACAAGCACCUUCAGGAUCUGUACGCUCCCCUGGUGGUUAGAUAUGUGGAUCUGAUGGAGUCCUCCAUCGCACAAUCAAUUCACAAGGGCUUUGAGCGGGAGUCUUGGGAACCUGUAAAGAGUUUAACAAGUAAUCUACCCAAUGUGAAUCUACCAAAUGUCAACCUCCAAAUUCCCAAAGUACCCAAUCUGCCAGUUCCAGUAGCGGGACUGUCAGUUAACCUUCCACAAAUGCCUAGCUUUUCAACUCCGUCCUGGAUGGCUGCUAUAUAUGACUCUGACAACGGCUCCGGGACAUCCGAAGACCUCUUCUGGAAGCUGGACGCCCUCCAGACCUUCAUCCGGGACCUCCACUGGCCCGAGGAGGAGUUCGCCAAACACCUCGAGAGUCGCAUCAAGCUCAUGUCGAGCAACAUGAUCGAGAACUGCGUUAAACGCACCAGGAUGGCGUUCGAGUCCAAACUGGCCAAGAGCAGCAAGUCAACGGAUUUCCGCAUUUCUCCGACAUUAUGCACCAUGUUCAAUGUAAUGGUGGAUGCUAAGGACCAGUCGUCCAAACUGUGCGCGAUGGAGAUGGGCCAGGAGGUAAACAAGGAAAAAAACAAAAAACAGUUUGCCUCGCAAAUAGAUGAACUGAUUGAGGAAAGCGUGCGGGACAUGAUUCAGCUCCUGGUUGCAAAGUUUGUUGCCAUUCUGGAAGGAGUGUUGGCAAAGAUAUCCAGAUACGAUGAAGGCACGCUGUUCUCCUCUUUCCUCUCAUUCACGGUGAAAGCUGCCUCCAAGUAUGUGGACGUACCUAAACCCGGCAUGGACGUGGCCGACGGCUACGUGACCUUUGUCCGCCACUCUCAGGACAUGCUGCGUGAUAAGGUCAAUGAGGAGGUGUAUAUAGAAAGGUUAUUUGAUCAAUGGUACACUGCCACCAUGAACCUGCUGGGCACCUGGCUCACCGAGCGCAUGGACCAGCAGCUGCACGUCUACCAACUCAAGAUCCUCAUCAGGAUCACCAAGAAAAAGUACCGUGACUUCCGCCUGCAGGGCGUCCUGGACUCGACCCUGAACAGCAAAAUGUACGACACGGUGCGCAAUAGGCUGACUUUGGAGGAGGCCACGGCCUCGGUGAGGGAAGGAGGCAUGCAGGGCAUCUCCAUGAAGGACAGCGACGAAGAGGACGAGGAGGACGACUAGAGCCCGCGCGCCCCACCCCUUCCCGCCCUCUUAAUCACACUUUUGACUUUAGCCUGGUUAACCGAUGCAUGUACCAACUCAGAUAGCCACACUAGGACCUCCUUGUCAGCUCGAAAUGCCUAUGAAGGAACUAUAAACUAAUAAUAAUAAUAAUGAAAAAAAAAAUACUGAGGAAACAAGAUAAAAGUAAAAAAAAAAAAAAAAAAGUAAUAACCAUUGAUUGGCAGUUUAGCUGUGUCAUAAUAAAGAUAGCACCGACUCAUUCAUUUCUAAAUUCAUUUCUGUGUUACUAAGCAAUAUGGAGAAGCAUUUGUUUGAGUGAGAAUAAAUAGUGUGUGUCCCCCGUCCAAUGCGAACUACGUACAUAUAUGGCGCUUCUUUGUCGUACUCUCCAUUCAUUCAUGGUACGUUGUCGUGACGAUGAGCGUUUGCGUGUGAAAACUUUUCUUUGUCCGUUUUCAAGUGAACGCCAACUGCUUCGGGAGUGACAAGAACCCUCUGUGUUUUGUUGACGGCUCAUCUUAGACACGCUUUGACCUUCAGCCUCAGCACGAGGGGAUUCUAGAGAUGCAAUACUCUCCAUUUUCGCUCCAUUUUGAUAACACGGGAGAUUCUAUUUUUAUUUCCACAUUCAAAUAGAAAAAAAAGAUGUCUUGGAAACAGGUUCUAUUUUAAUUGAGUUGCACUUUUACAGACAAAAGAGCAAAAAUGAUUUUUUUUUAUGAACAACGACAAAAAAAAAAAAGUUGGUCUGUCUUUGUUGUGUAACUGUGGAAUGAGAUGUGUGGCAUCUGUUUGGGUCUCACUGUUGUUCUGUAUAUAUGAUAUAAAUAUAUAUAUAAAUAUAAAAUGCUGUACAUUGCAUUCUGAGCCAUCGCUGCAUGCCUGUGGGUUCGUACCCUUCCCGAACACUUUUUUUUCUCUCUCUCUCCAGUUUUCUGUGUCAAUUAGCUGGUCGAGUCAUUCUUGCUUUUUCUUUUUUUGCCUUCUGAACGCCAACAGUUGUAAUAUGCAAGAGCUGUGGCCUCCAAAUAAAAAUUAUUGUACAUGUGUCA